UCUGAGCCGCUCAAGCGGAGCAUUCACUUUGUACCGAGAAGCAAUUCGUGCCUGAUAUCCGUGUCAAUCAAAGCUAAGUUUGCAAGGGCUUCUCUCCGCACGACCAGAUUUGUCACAGCAGACGAUAUUUUAUUUUAGUCUGUCGGCAAGUGACUGAUAGAAAACUAUAAAAACAUCUGGACCAGUUCAUGAUCUCAAUGGCGAGAUAAUUUCAAGGUUUUGCAAGCAAACAAUAAUUAUUCCUCGUCGGCGUCAUAUAAUCCCGUUGGAUACUACGUUACGGCCUAGCAUAGACUGAAAUGCGACGUAGUUUUUUGAAAACAGUGAUCUUGAGACUCCAGUAAAAAAAAGAAAUGGUUGGAAAAUAUGGGCCUCUUAUUGGUGCAAUUGACCAAGGGACGAGCAGCAGCAGAUUUUUAGUAUUCUCGGCGCAACGAGCAGAACUCAUUACCUAUCACCAAGUAGAAGUAAAUCAGCUCACACCUCAAGAAGGAUGGGUGGAAUCGGAUCCGAUGGAACUCCUGCAGACCGUUAUUGACUGCGUCUGCAAAACAGUGGAGAACUUGAAGAGCUUGGAUGUCGAUCCCGGAGACAUCAAAGCCAUUGGCGUUUGCAAUCAACGUGAAACAACCAUCGUCUGGGACAAGCUAACUGGAAAACCUCUUUACAAUGCCAUCAUUUGGUUGGACGCCCGUACAAAAAGCACCGUGGAAUCGAUGCUGUCAAAAGUGCAAGGCGGAAACAAGGAUUUCUUGAAGAGACAUUGUGGCCUUCCCAUCAGCACUUAUUUUAGUGCACUCAAACUCAGGUGGUUGAUCGAUAACGUCGCUGAAGUGCGCGACGCUAUUGACGAAAACCGCUGCUUGUUUGGAACUGUCGACACUUGGCUGAUUUGGAAUCUCACUGGUGGGGUCAAGGGCGGCCUGCAUCUCACUGACGUAACUAAUGCGUCUCGCACUAUGCUGAUGAAUCUGGAAACCUUAAACUGGGAUCCUUAUUUGCUCAAAUUCUUCAAUAUACCAACAUCUAUUCUUCCGGAGAUUCGAAGCUCAUCCGAAAUUUAUGGCUUCUUAACUUCCACGCCAUUAGGCGGAACUCCUAUUUCAGGCUGUCUAGGAGACCAGCAAUCGGCUUUAAUUGGCCAGCUAUGCCUUGAACCUGGACAGGCAAAGAUGACGUACGGUACUGGAGGAUUCUUGUUGUACAACACGGGCAUUGUGCCGGUGCAAUCAGAACAUGGAUUGAUUACAACCGUGGCCUAUCAAAUGGGGAAGAAUAAGCAACCGCAUUAUGCUAUGGAAGGAUCGAUAGCCGUCGCCGGUCUGGCUCUUAAUUGGUUGAAAAACAAUUUGAAUUUGAUUUCCGACUUUCAGGAAUGCGAAAAAUUGGCCUCUUCCGUAACCACCACCGGCGGAGUCUAUUUCGUUCCCGCCUUUUCGGGCCUUUACGCCCCCUACUGGAGAAUGGAUGCUAGAGGAGUCGUUUGCGGAUUGACCCAGUUUACCACCCGGGCCCAUUUGGCUCGUGCUACUUUGGAAUCUGUGUGCUAUCAAACCAAGGACAUCGUUGAAGUGAUGACUCGCGACGCUGGUGCUCAUAUGACGUCGCUGCGUGUCGAUGGUGGGAUGACGCAAAACAAUCUUUUGAUCCAGCUCCAGGCCGACAUUCUCGGCAUUCCGAUUGUGAGACCCACGAUGACGGAAACGACGGCCCUAGGUGCGGCUAUGGCAGCUGGGAAUGCCGAAGGCAUAGACGUUUGGAGCUUGGAUUCACUGGAUCAGAACAGUAUCACCAGCGAUACGUUCACUCCGGCCGUCUCCGAAUCAGACCGAGGCUCCCGUUACACUCGUUGGAAGGAUGCCGUCAAGCGGACUCUAGGCUGGGAAACGAUUCUUGACGAUGGCAUCGCUGACCCAGAACGUCGCAACCGGAUGUUGGGAUCCAUCAGUGGCACCGUUUUCCUCUUCUCCUCGUUUCUUAUCCUGGUGGCGGCCAGGCAUUAUCGAAGUACACUCAGGUAGUAGACGCACCCCUCUAUUUUUUCAAAUCGUAAAAUCCAGAUCCUUGUGCAACGGAUGUUGAAUGUUUGAGUCCUUGUUUUUUGGUCUGCGACGCCCCCAGUCAAAACAGAAAAACGGGCCGUUGGCAAAAAUAAGUGGAAUAAUACUGCCGGCAAAUGGUUGUGAUGAAAACACCAAGCUAUACAUGGUUGUUGUUGUUGUUGUUCGGUGAUUGAACAUCGAAUCUAGAAACGUCCCGCCCCCCUCCAACUUGUUGAUAGAAAAGCUAUUGUAGUCGGAUCAUUCUUUUAAAAAUAGUAAUUUUAGAUGUUUGAUUGUAGUGAUAUGAUUCAAUAAAAUUUAUGAACGAA